AGUGAAGCGGAAGCCAUUACUCGCGGGAGUCGAUUGCACCGAGACACAUGGACAGGAGAGGGGGCCGUGUCGGCUUCUUUCGACCUGUUGGGGACCCUCCGCUUCCCCGCUGCAGACGGAACCUCCCGGAUGAAUUUCUCAUCCCUUCGGCGGCAGCUUUCGUGGUCUCCGCUCUCCUGAUUUUACCUUCCAAGUCAUACGCCAGCCUGGAGGGUCCCGUGAGAGCAAGAGAGUAGCUUCCUGGUUCUCCCAGCGCUCCGCUCGCCGUUCAGGCAAAUUGACUGUCGUCCUCGCAGGAUGGCUGCUCUUGGGCUGUCCCCCACACUUGCCUUGUCCACCCAAGACCCCACCUGUUUCCAGGAGUCAGAAUUUUCUCUUUCUUUGAAAAGCCGUCCCUGUCCCCAGGACUUGGACCUGUUUGCUUGCGAUGGUCUGGAGCCUCACGCACCAGCCGGUGUUGGUUCCCAGGAGUCAGUGACUUUCCAAGAUGUUGCUGUGGACUUUACUGAGAAGGAGUGGCCCCUGCUGGAUUCUUCUCAGAGAAAACUGUACAAAGAUGUGAUGCUGGAGAACUACAGCAACCUCACUUCACUGGGGUAUGAGGUCUGCAAGCCCAGCCUCAUCUCACACUUGGAGCAAGAGGAAGAGCCGAGGACGGAGGAGAGGGGCACCCAACAAGGCCCUUGUCCGGAUUGGGAGACUCCAUCUAAAACCAAGUGGUCGAUUCUUAUGGAAGAUAUUUUUGGGAAGGAGACGUCCAGCAGUGUGACAAUGGAAAGAGCUCGUCUUGGAGAGAAGUCCACCGAAUACGCCCACUUGUUUGACGUCUUCAGCAUGGGUGCCCAUCUUACCCAGCCAAUGGGCAGGCAUGCUGGCAAGAGGCCCUAUCACCGCCAUGACUAUGGGGUAGCUUUCAAGGGCAGGCCACACCUAACUCAACACGUGAGCAUGUAUGAUGGGAGAAAAAUGCACGAGUGUCAUCAGUGCCAAAAAGCCUUCACCACGAGCGCUUCCCUCACACGGCACAGGAGAAUACACACCGGGGAGAAACCCUAUGAAUGCACAGACUGUGGGAAAGCCUUCAAUGACCCUUCAGCCCUUAGGAGUCACGCGAGAACUCACCUCAAAGAGAAGCCCUUUGACUGCAGUCAGUGUGGAAAUGCAUUCCGGACCCUCUCGGCCCUGAAGAUACACAUGAGGGUUCACACUGGUGAGAGGCCUUACAAGUGUGACCAGUGUGGGAAGGCCUACGGCAGAAGCUGCCACCUCAUUGCACACAAGAGAACGCACACCGGAGAGAGGCCCUAUGAAUGUCAUGACUGUGGGAAAGCGUUCCAGCACCCUUCGCAUCUUAAAGAGCACGUCAGGAACCACACUGGGGAGAAGCCCUACGAAUGCACGCAAUGUGGCAAAGCCUUCCGGUGGAAGUCUAACUUUAAUUUGCACAAGAAGAACCACAUGGUCGAGAAAACCUACGAAUGUAAGGAAUGUGGGAAAUCCUUUGGUGAUCUCGUGUCGCGGAGGAAGCAUAUGAGAACUCAUAUCGUCAAGAAGCCUGUUGAAUGCCGACAGUGUGGGAAAACCUUCAGAAACCAGUCCAUCCUUAAGACACACAUGAACUCUCACACUGGAGAGAAGCCCUAUGGGUGCGAUCUCUGUGGGAAAGCCUUCAGUGCAAGCUCGAACCUAACCGCACACAGGAAAAUACACACUCAAGAGAGACGCUAUGAGUGUGCCGCCUGCGGGAAGGUCUUCGGUGAUUAUCUGUCCCGCAGGAGGCAUAUGAGCAUUCAUCUCGUAAAGAAACGCGUUGAAUGCAGGCAGUGUGGGAAAGCCUUCAGAAACCAGUCGACCCUGAAGACACACAUGCGAAGUCACACGGGAGAGAAACCGUACGAGUGCGAUCACUGUGGGAAAGCCUUCAGCAUAGGCUCUAACCUGAACGUGCACAGGAGAAUCCACACUGGGGAGAAGCCCUACGAAUGCCUUGUCUGUGGGAAAGCCUUCAGCGACCAUUCCUCCCUCAGGAGUCACGUGAAGACUCACCGGGGAGAGAAGCUCUUUGUGGCGCCGGUGUGGAAACGGCUCCAGUGAGAAAGCCUGCUUGAAAAGAGACAUGAGCACUCAGACUGGAAACAAGCCUUGUGGGUGUGAGAAGGCAGGAAGCUUUCUCCUUGCUGGGCACAAAAGAACACAUGUAGCUCGGGAAAAACCCAAUUCCUAUAACGAUUGUAGGGAGACAAGGUGUUCUCAUCUUCAAGAUUUGUGAGAACUUAUUAGAGUAGAAAACGUACUUCUGUAGCAUGGAGAAGUCUUCAGAGUACAUUCUGCUCUUAACAAACAUGAGAACUUAGGGAACAGAAGCCCCAGCUUGGCAUCUGAUGUUGAAAUGAAUUUAGCACCACCUCUCACCUUCUGGGCACAAGAGUUAAUAAGCGCACUAGGGAGGUAAAUCUCUCCCGUGAGGGGAAACCUUUCCCAGUCUCACACUGUUCUUCGUGAGAGAAAUCACACCGAAGAGAAAAGUCAAUAAAAGUGAGGAAUGUGGGACAGUUGCUAACAAGGGUCAGCAAACCAUGGCCCGCUAUCUGUUUUUGUAUAGCUCACAAGCUGACAAUAGGCGUUCCAUUUGUAAAGAGGAAAAAUAUGUGGCAGAGAUCAUAUGUGGUGAAUAAAACCUAAAAUCCUUGCUAUCUGGCCCUUUCCAGAAAAGCGAUGCUGACCCUUGACCUACAGCUGUGGUUCUCAACUGGGGACGAUUUUGUUGUCCAGAGAUUACUUGGCAAUGUCGUCUGGAGACGUUUGGUUGUUUGAACUGGGGAUGCGAUGGCGGGGGUGGGGGGCAAGCACUGCUGGCAUGUAGCAGGAAGACAUCAGGGAUGGUGCUAAAUAUCCUACAAUGCACAGGAACCCCGAAAAGAAAGAAUUAUGUGCCCACAGAUAUCACCAUUGCUGAGGUUGCGAAUAAUCGCCCAGUUACUCCUCAGUUUUUACCCACAGUAAUCCCUCCAUUUUUAUGAAUCUUGUGACUACUUACACUAGGAGAAAUUCCUUUUCAAAACUUUAAAAAUAGAAUCAGUGAUGGUAACCCCUACGUGGAGGUGAUUCCAGCCACGAUUGCCUCACUUGCUGUGCAUGUGAGAAUUCCCCCUGAGAGAGACCCCAGUGGGAUUUUUCCAGUGGAUAUUGGAUUGCACUUACCGUUCUUCCAUCAUGAAAACAGACCCCGGCUCAUUCAUUUUUAGUCUUUAUUUUUAAGGUUACACUCCUCUAAGUAGCCCUUAAAGCCUCAUCAGGAAAGGUUUGUAUAUAGCACUUUUACUGUACUUCAUCCUCGAUAUGUCUUAAUUUCCUUUGGGAUAACUUCCUUGACCAAUGGCAUAUUUAGAAUUGUGUUAUGUACUGUGUAACGUGGGUAUUUUUUAGUACCUGUUUGUUACUGGUAUGUAAUUCAAGUGCAUUGUGAUCAGAGCAUGGCGUCUCCGUUGGAGGGACCUUUGGUAUGUUUGUAGCCUGCUGUCCAGCCAAGAGUGGACAUAUAUACUUCUAGUUGUUUCUCCAGUAUCUACUCUCAUCUUCUUCCAUGUCAAGGGAAUGCAGGUUCUGUCAGAUUAGUAAGGUGUGCUAUUUUUAAAAAUCUCUUACAGCUCUUGCAACUAGUACGGUCCAUGUCCCAUAGCCCUGGCCAUUGUCACAUAAAUCUGCAGGUGUCACUGUGUGGGCUUCUGAGAAAGCUCUUUAAAAGGGGGUCAU